UUUUAAAGGAUUUUUAUGGUCUUUCGCUUGCUUUUCAGAGUAAAGCCGGUCCCAGCUGAAGGAGUCAAGUCAAAUCCUUCCAAGCGACAUAGAGAUCGACUUAAUACAGAGUUGGACCGUCUGGCUAGUCUGCUGCCUUUUCCACAAGAUGUUAUUAAUAAGCUGGACAAACUCUCGGUUCUGAGGCUCAGUGUCAGUUACCUGAGAGCCAAAAGCUUCUUUGAUGUUGCAUUAAAAUCCUCCCCUGCCAAUAGAAAUGGAGGCCAGGAUAACUGUGGAGCACAGUUCAGAGAUCAUUUGAAUUUGCAAGAAGGAGAACUUUUAUUACAGGCUCUGAAUGGCUUUGUAUUGGCUGUCACUACAGAUGCUUUGGUCUUUUAUGUGUCUUCAACUAUACAAGAUUACCUGGGCUUUCAGCAAUCUGAUGUCAUACAUCAGAGUGUGUAUGAACUUAUCCACACUGAAGAUCGAGCUGAAUUUCAGCGUCAGCUCCAUUGGGCAUUCAACCCUUCCCAGUGUACGGACUCUGGACAAGCAGUUCCUGAGCCUCACGGCCUUCUGCAGGCAGGAGUCUCUUAUACCUCAGAGCAGCUUCCUCCAGAAAAGUCUUUUAUGGAAAGGAACUUCAUAUGCCGACUAAGGUGUUUGCUGGAUAAUUCAUCUGGCUUUCUGGCAAUGAAUUUCCAAGGAAGGUUAAAGUAUCUUCACGGACAGAACAAGAAAGGGAAAGAUGGAUCAGUCCUUCCUCCUCAGCUAGCUUUGUUUGCUAUAGCUACUCCCCUUCAGUCACCAUCCAUACUUGAAAUUCGAACCAAAAAUUUCAUUUUUAGAACCAGACACAAACUGGAUUUUACACCUACUGGUUGUGAUGCCAAAGGGCAGAUUGUUUUAGGAUACACUGAAGCAGAGCUGUGCACCAGAGGGUCAGGAUAUCAGUUUGUUCACGCUGGGGAUAUGCUUCAUUGCGCUGAAUUCCACCUGCGGAUGAUGAAGACUGGAGAAAGUGGCAUGACGGUUUUCAGGCUCCUGACAAAGCACAACCGCUGGACCUGGAUGCAGUCUAACGCACGUGUAGUGUACAAAAAUGGAAGACCGGACUAUAUCAUUGCCACUCAGCGAGCUCUGACAGAUGAAGAGGGAAGAGAGCAUUUACGAAAACGCAGUACAACAUUGCCUUUUAUGUUUACCACUGGAGAAGCUGUGCUGUACGAGGCGAGCAACCCUUUUUCUCCAAUGAUGGAUCCUUUACCAAUACGGACUAAAAGCACCACUAGUGGACCAGAUUCUGCCACCAGACCAACUGAGAAUAACGAUUCUCUCCAUCCCAGUUCCCUCUUGGCUGCCAUGAUGCAACAAGAUGAGUCUAUUUAUCACUGCCCUGCUUCAAAUACUGUACCUUUUGAAACAAAUUUUUUUAAUGAUUCUAUGAUUGACUACAGUCAUUGGCAAGACAAUAUUGUACCAAUGGAAAACGAUAAUACCCUCAGACUUAAGCAAAUUGGACAGACUCAGGAGAUGAACCCAGUGCUUUCUGGAGGUCAUGCUGGGGCUCUUCCAGAUAAUAAAAAUAGUGAACUAUACAACAUUAUGAAAAACCUCGGCAUUGAUUUUGAAGAUAUCAAGAGCAUGCAGAAUGAGGAAUUUUUCAGAACUGAUGUUUCUGGUGAGGUCGACUUCAGAGACAUUGACAUAAGGGAUGAAAUACUGACUUAUGUCCAAGAUUCUUUACGUAAGUCUUCAUUCCUGAGUUCAGAGUACCAGCAGCCCCAGGCUGUCGCUCUGAAUUCAAGCUGUAUGGUACAAGAACAUCUAGAGUUAGAACAGCAGCAGCAGCUGCAGCACCAUGAAAAGCAGAUAGUAGCGGAGCCUCAGCAACAACUGUGUCAGAAAAUGAAACACAUGCAAGUUAAUGGCCUGUUUGCAAACUGGAGCUCUAACUCAUCUGUGCCUUUCAGUUGUCCUCAGAAAGACCUACAGCAGUAUAACGUGUUACCAGAUUUACAUGGGGCAAAUCCACAGUUUCCCUACAAAGCUGAGCUGGGGACCAUGCCUUACACACAGAACUUUGCUCCCUGUGAUCAGUCUUUAUUACCCCAGCAUUCCAAGUGUACGCAGUUGGAGUUUCCCUUAGGGAAUAUUGAACCAUCUCUGUACCAUACAACUUCUAAUUUAGAAGAUUUUGCCACUUGUUUACAAGUUCCUGAAAACCAAAGGCAUGGAAUAAACCCACAGUCCACCAUAGUAACUCCUCAGACAUGUUAUGCUGGGGCCGUGUCAGCGUAUCAGUGUCAACCAGAACCUCAGCACAGCCGUGUGGAUCAGAUGCAGUACAAUCCAGCAAUUCCAGGUCCACAGGUGUUUCUAAACAAGUUUCAGGACGGAGGAGGAGUUUUAAAUGACAUAUACCCUGCUGAGUUAAAUAACGUAAAUAGCACUGAGGCUGCCAUGCAUCUUCAGCCAUUUCCUCACCCAGCAGAAACCAGACCUUUCUCUGACUUGACACCCAGCGGAUUCCUGUAACUACAAACCCAGUUUUCACCUUAAUUUUUGAUUAGUUUGUGAACAAUCACAGAAUUAAAAAACUGUCCGUGUUGGAUGUCAGCAGGUUCACACGAUGGCAGUGACACGUGUUAUUCACACUGUUCAUUCCAAACCGAAUUUUAACCUUGGCUUUUGUAAAAUUCAACAUUACGUGGACGAUCCUUGUUAAAACAGAAAGUGUGCUGCCAGGUAGGGAGGUGGCGUACAUUUCCUGUCUUCUGGCUGCCACAGAAUAUGCAAAACUUACUCAGUGGCACUUUAAGACCUUUUGAAGUCAGGAAACUUGCUCCAUGUGAAUUAUUUCUGUCAGAAUAAAAAUGGAAUACGUUAAAGUUUGAACUUACGGAUUUUCAUCAGUGUACUAAAUACAAAGUUGAAAGACUAACUUAUCUCCCCAUAUUUUUAGUCUCUGCUUUUUCUCACCUGUUAAGUGGUUUGGUGUUUUAUGAAACAAUACUCUCAAUGUUUUUCUCCUGUAUUGUUGAUCUUAAGUGCCUCACAUUUUUUCCUACCUAUGACACUGUAGGAUGUAUAUUUUACAUAUUCUUUUACUUUUUAAAUUAAUAGCAUUCUGCAUACAAAUAUUACUUAGAUUUCCUAAAUUCAUUUUUAUUAAUUCAGGCACAUUUUUACUGCACUACUCACCCACUAUCUUCAGGUAAAGGACAAAUAUUAAUAGGAUAAUUAUUUAUUAUAUAAUCUAGUUGCUUCUGUGCUUUAAAUAUUGCUAUGUGCCUUAUGUUGAAAAAUUCCAAAGUAAAAUGUCUUUCUAAAUUAUUUCUUAAUUAUUAUAUAGAUAUUAAGACAGUAGCACUUAAAUUUCAGCAGUGUUUUCAGAAAAGAUAUACCACUGUUUAUCUUUCCUGAAAUCUUCACAAUGGUAGUUGAAUGUUGCCAUGUGAAAAUCUUGUGCUAAAUGCAAUCAUGUUUAUUAAAUUACAGUGAAAAGAAGCAAAACAAGUUUAUAUCUAGCUUUUCAAUUAUAUUAAGUGAAACACUCAUUUCAGUGUAUAUGAAUUUUCUUUAAAAUGUCUUAGAGCAUCACUUUCAGCCUUUGGGCUAAGAUCAAAUGCAAAAUGUCUUAGAGUUAUAGCCCUUUAUGAUACAGUGACUGUAAAUUUCACUUUUUAAAACAGUGGAAACUUUGUUUUUUUAACACAUUUGAAGAGUUUCAAGGUUGAAGAUAGAAAUUUUCGGUGCAGAGUAUUGUAAAGAAUAAAAAGAAUGGUGCAUUGUACAGACAUAAUGAACAAAAUGACUUGUAAAAUACUGUCUAUUUCAUUUAAGAGUAGUCCAUACCUUAUAUAUGCACAUAAAUAAUUUGGGCUUUAUAUAUAUUUUAUCAGUGUGUUUUAAUAAAUCAAAUUGAACUGCUUUCAGGUUGAUAUCAACAAAAAGAAAACUACAUAGUUUGUUUACCUUUAGGAAUUGGUUUUCUAAAGGCAAAUUUGUCACUUUACCAACUUCACUAUCCUUAAACAAUUUAAAGGAAAAAAUGCCACUAUCUGCUAUUUUACUUGCAUAUAACAUUUUAAAUGCGUAUACACAUUUUUAAUGUAUUAUUCAAAACAAAUAUGGACUCUCAAGAUCAGUACAUCUGUAUCUCCUUUUUAAAUAAAUUAAUGUAUAUAAACAUGACCUGAGACAAAGUAUCUCAGUUCCGUGCAUUUUCAGUCAAAAUUUUAAGUCUUUACAAUUAAUGCAAGUGUUGAAAAAAGAUUUGUCUAAAAUAUUUCAUAAUCUGUUUCCACAGUGAGUUAUCACUAGGAAUUUAAACCAGUGACUUAGAUUAAUAUUCUAUUUUUAUGUUUAAGUUUUUCAUUAAAAGGCUUCAUAAAAACCAUUUUUGUUACUCCAUAUGUUCUUGUAUGAGUUGUUUAGCUGAAAAACUAGGAUUUUAAAAUUGUGACUAUGGUAACAACCAGUUAUACACUUUUAAAUUAAAAUUUUUAAAGCAAUAUUGUAUAUUUUUACCUAUAUAAAAUAAUUAAAGUUUAUCUGAAAUAAUAAAAUCACAUUAAACUAAAUACACCUUUGUCUGUAUUGCUAAGUGCCAAAGAAAGAAGGCUUAUAGUACUGCUAUUUUAAGGGAUGUAUUUGUAGACAGUGCAGAUCUAAAGAUGUUCAUGUGUCUAAUUUGAGCUUUUCCUAUAACAGCUUGUUCUUUCAAUACCUGAAGAUUUACCAGUGUUUCUGUGUUAUAAAAAGCUUUUGAUCAUUACUAUGCACACACUAGUGUUUUUCAGUAUUAAUACAUUUCAGGUAAAUGUUUUCAUAGCUUUUCUCUUUCCUUUAAAAUGUUACGGCUUAUAUAUUUCAUACAUAGAUUUUUGUUUAAAGUAUGAUUUAUAUAUGUAUUCUUAUUAAACAAAAUUGUAUAUAAUAAUACAUAUUGUAAUAAACUAAUGACCACAUAUGAGUAACCUGUUUUAAUGUACAUUCCCCUUUCUGAUCUACAUAAGGGAAAUAAUUCCUUAUAGUGUAGUAUUAUAACUAUGUUAGAUGAAGGCAGUCUGUAGUAGUUAAGAAUAUAAAUUAAUAAUUCAUAAACUUCUUCCCCAGUUUUUCCCAUCAAUGUUUUGGCCUCUACACGAACAUUAAAAGAACAUACUUUUAAUAACUUCA